CUAGCCACGGAGCAGACUACAAGUCUCGGGGGAGGGGCGGCCAUGACCCUGCUUCAUUGCGAGUAGUACUGGGCACAGAUGAUGUCAGAAGGGGAGGAGGAGUUUCGAGUGGGCGGAGCUAUGGAGGGCAUUUUGAGGCGAGGAGAGCAAGAGGGGACACCAUUUUAGGACAUCGCGCAGGAGGAGAAGUACACAGCAAUGGCAGAGCUGGACGACCUGUUGGCGAAACUACGGACCGAGGCGCAGAAGAGGGGAGAUGACUGGCUGCGACAGCUGAUACCGCAGACGGACGCUGACCCGGCGCCAGCCAUACCGAGGCGGUCGCGGAGAGCACGGGCCCCUAGCAGACUUAGUCCGUCGCCAGCCGGUAAGAAGAGCCGUGAGGUGGAACGUGGGCGCAGCAUGGCGGCAGAGGCCAGGGUCGGAAGCAGCGGCGGGAGAAGACAGAGGUCCCCAUCACCACAGCCGAGUACCUCAGCAGCUCCGGCUGAGUUGAGGCAGGGCAGGAGGCGGCAGGCACAGACAGUGGCGGGAAGGAGCAGCAGCAUGGCGGGCAGCCCAAGGAGGGGAAGUCAGAGGAGCGGAAUGACCGCUGGAGCCAGGGUCAGCCAAGCGGAGCAGGCAAGUGAGCGGGGGAGACUGACAGGUCCCGGAGCGCAGUGGGGAAGGCGGGAGAGAGAGGAUGCGGCGGGCCCCUGUGAAGGGGUCAGCGCUGUGGGGGCAAGUUUUGUUCGGCGCCCCAGAGAGAGCGCAGUGUGGCGCGAAGAGAAUGUGCUGCCUGUUGGGGGGAACAGUGACACUUCUGCGGGAACCCUGAGAGGGGGGGCCUUGGGGGGAAGAGCAGGGAGAGACAUGCAGAACACUGAACAAGGGGACAUUAGAGUUGCAGCUGGCACACAGGAGGCCCGGUUUUGGGCUAGUGAGACAGCGGUGGGAGGGGAGGCCACAACCAUGCUGAGGGGUACGGCAGAUACGGAUGGGCCCUCUUCACUUGUUUCAUUGCAGGUCCCAGGACAUGGCAGCACAACUAUACAGGAUGGAGAGGGGACAAGACGUGAAGAACAACCGACUACAAGUAAUGUGCCAGGUACUGAUCAGACAGCUACUAAUACAAUUGCAUUGAAUAUACAGCAAGAAAAAGGGCCAGGGAGUGGGGAACAGACUGGUCCUGCGGAGUCAUUUUUUGAGUGUCUGCGACAGAUUUUUUCCCAGUGGCAAAAAGGGCAAGGUGGGGUGGAAACUGGGGUGCUAGGAGGGAACAAGGUGGCGCCCGAGUUAGGAAAAGAUGGGCAGACGGCCGCUACAAGGGUGACAGAUGCGGCAAGCUCUAUAUCAUCAUUAGUUGGGCAAGGGGAGGCAAGCAGUGGUGAAAAGAGCAAGGAGAAAAAAUUGCCACUGUCAGAUUCUGCAAAAGGUAGCACAUAUGUUUGCUACGAGGGCCCAUUGGGGGCUCACCUUAAACAGGAGAUAAAAGAAAAAAUUUGGAAGAGGGAGUAUGUUGACAUUUUUACGCUGUUGCCUCUGGAACGCUUUGGAAUAGACCGAUACGAGAAAGGGAAGGAACAUAGGAAGGAGGAGGAUGAGGAGAGACGUAGAUUUAGGCUGAUUCCCAGAACAUUCGGGAAUUGGCUGCAAGCUUUUUCUAUAUUGGCCAGUGUUAUAGGGGAAAAGCACCCGGAGGUGUGUUCUGCGUUAUUUUGUUAUUUGGACGGGAUUUGGGAGGCGCACCGAGUGUAUGGCGGUUACGCGUGGCUUCGCUACGAUGAACAGUUUCGUCAACGUAUAGCGGUUCGGGCGGACCUUAAUUGGGAUCAUAGGGAUAUUGGGCUUUGGAUGCGUUUAAUGAACAAUAAAGGGUACCAAGGGUAUACAGGAGCAGUGGGGGGUUCAAGUCAGCCCUUUCCCAGUGGCUCCGGCGGACACAGCUCUACUCCGGCCGGGGCACACAAAAAAGGAGUAUGUUGGCUGUUUAAUGACAGCCAAUGUAAGUGGGGAGCGUCAUGCAGAUUCAGGCAUGAAUGUUCAUGGUGUGGGGGGAAUCACCCUGUCAGCAGAUGUUUUAAAAAAUCAAAGGGAGCUGGGAGCAGAGCGAAAGAGGGUUUUGGAAAAGGGGGUGACUCCGGUGAACCUCGGGGCGAUGCUUCCAUGGUUAAAUAAAUACCCUAAAAAAGAGAAGGCCUUGCUGUUAAAAGAGGGGUUCCAGUGGGGUUUUCGAAUACCAGAAAGAGAAAGGGGUGCGGGGGUUGUUUCGCUCAGAAAUUUACGCUCAGCAAUGGCGGACCCGGAUUUGGUUCUUACAAAGUUACACAAGGAAUUGUCAUUGGGUAGGAUGGCCGGCCCGUUUGAAGAACCACCAUUGGCGGGGUUGAGAGUAUCCCCAUUGGGCUUGGUGCCCAAAAAAGAGCCAGGAAAAUUCAGGCUAAUCCACCAUUUAUCACACCCAAGGGGCGAUUCAGUGAACGAUGCAAUUGACAGUGAACUGGCAAAAGUUUGUUAUACAUCAUUCGAUGAAGCAGUGUGAUUGGUUAGAGAGGCGGGCAGGGGCGCUUUGAUGGCAAAAGCCGACAUUGAGUCGGCAUUCAGACUCCUGCCGGUUCAUCGUGAGUCGCUUCAUUUACUGGGUUGUUUUUUCGCUGGAGGUUACUAUGUGGAUAGGAGCUUACCAAUGGGCUGUUCAAUUUCUUGCUCAUAUUUUGAGGCUUUCAGCACUUUUUUGGAAUGGGUGGUACGACAGAGGGCUGGAGUGGAUGCGAUAAUUCACUAUUUGGACGAUUUUCUUUGCGUGGGCCCCGGGAAUUCGACUCUCUGUGCGAUAUUGCUACAGACGCUACAAGAAGUUACGGCCGAAUUUGGGGUGCCAUUAGCACAAGAAAAAACUGAAGGCCCAGACACUUGCCUGAGAUUUUUGGGCAUAGAGAUAGACAGUAUUCGACAGGAGUGCAGGAUUCCAAAAGACAAGAUAGAGGGGCUUACAGAGGAGGUGAAAUAUGCGCGGGUAGCAAGGAAGCUGACCUUGAGGCAACUGCAGUCCCUUUUGGGAAAAUUGAAUUUUACCUGCAGAGUAAUCCCUAUGGGCAGGGUUUUUUCGAGAGGCCUGUCGUUGGCUACGGCAGGAGUACAGCAACCUCACCAUUUUAUUCGCCUUAACAAAGGCCACAAGGCUGAUUUAGAGGUUUGGUUGACAUUCUUACAGGAAUACAAUGGGCGGUCCUAUUGGUUGUCUGAUCCUAAAUCCAACAGGGAGUUGGAUCUGUUCACGGAUGCAUCCGGAGCACUGGGCUUUGGGGCAUAUUUUAAGGGCGCCUGGUGCGCUGCACCGUGGCCACCACAUUGGGUAUCAGCUCGAUUGACAGUGAAUUUAACCCUGUUGGAGUUGUUUCCUAUCGUAGUGGCAGUGGAAAUUUGGGGGCGGCAAUUGGCCAACAACUCAGUGGUAUUUCACUCAGACAAUAUGUCCACUGUUAUGGCGAUAAAUAACUUGACAUCAGGAUCGCGCCCAGUGCUGGGGCUACUGAGACAUUUGGUUCUGCGUUGCCUUCAGCUUAAUAUUGCCUUUAGAGCAAGACAUGUACCGGGAUGUGAUAACAAUGUUGCUGAUGCGUUAUCUCGUUUUCAGUGGGACAAGUUUCGGGAGCUGGUGCCAGAAGCGGACAUCCAGGGAACACCUUGCCCGGACCUCGUUUGGCAUCUAGUAUAAUAGGGCAUUUGCAGUGCAAAAUUUGGCUGCUGGGACACUCAUUCAUCCGUCGGGCAGCAGACAGGGCAAAGAUUCGUCCAGGGGGGCAGCAGAUGGGUUUCUUGGAGGAGCAGGCAAAGGUGAAGUGGAUGGGGGUUGGAGGCCUGUGUUGGUCGGAGUUAGUUCCAAUGGCCAUAAGGGAGGCAGAAUUGACAGGGCCCCCGAACAUCAUGCUGUUACAUGCGGGGGGCAAUGAUUUGGCAAAAACCCCCAUGAAACAGCUAAUAAAAGAUAUCAAGAGGGAUUUCAUCAGGUUUUGGGAGCUUUUUCCUGGAUGUUGCUUGAUCUGGUCUGAAAUACUUCCGAGAAAAAAUUGGAGGGGAGCAAGGUCACAGGUAGCGGUGGAUAGGGCAAGAAUAAAGACGAAUAAGGCAGUUUCAAAGUUCGUCCAAGCGCAAGGGGGGAUUGUGAUCAGGCAUAGCGACUUCGAUAAUCAGAGUUUUUUUUGGGGUGAGGAUGGGGUCCACUUGAAUGAGAAUGGUUCAGAUUUGUUUAAUUUCAACAUAGGGGAAUCACUCAAAUUUGCUUGGAAGGUGUGGAGGUGCUUGCAGCAUUGAAGGUUUACAAUGCUGCAUGCUGUGGCGGAGUUCUUGUCAGUCUGCUGGGGGUGAGAGCGGGGGGCCAGAAAAUAUCAGGUGCUGGCCAAGGGCUUAACCCCUAAGGUGGGUGGCCCGAGUUGGUGGAUUGGUGGUAACCAUGGCAACAGAUGGGAUGGGGACCUUGGAAGUGAGUGGAGUCCCAGAGUAAAUGGGGAGUAUGGUUCUCUGAGCUAAGGGGUUGCGGCUAGAGAAUAUCAAGGGCCAUGGGCGAAGAAAGGCAGGCUGACAGGGGGCUCUAUAGGUCAGUUACCGGUAUAUAUAUAUAUAUGUAUUUGAGAGGUAUGUAUACCGUAUGUUGUGAUUCAUAAGUGUAUGAACUUGAAAAAGAGUUAUGUAUUGUUAUGACUGUUAUUAUUAUUAAAAUGUUACAAGGGCUAUUAUUGCUUAUUGCAAAUAUUACAUAUACAUGAAUUUGUUGUUCUUGUGUUAUAAUGCUGGGAGAUCAAUAAAAGCUGUGGCCAGUACAAUUCCAAUGAA